UCCAGCAGCUCAGCGUCUGGGUCGGUGGUUUUAGUGACCCUCUCGGUUUGAUGGAAUGGCCGGACUAGUUGCCUUGGGGUGUUUUUUUGGUGUGAUUUUUGGGUUAGAGUUGGUUUUUGUGAUUUUUCAUCGGGGGAUACAUGCCAUUAGGGAAGGAGUAAAAGGCACGUAUUUGUCCAACAUCUGUAUGUGAAACUUUAAAGUGAAGUUACCUUAGACGUUACUCUCGGAAACGCGAAAACCGGUGAGUGAGAGGGAGAGUGCGUGGUGUUUUGUCAGGGUGUGUCACAGGCAGUGAGAACCUGAAGUGUAGAACUUUGUGGAGUUUCUGGUGCGUUAAAUUCAACACGUCUCAGGAGAAGACGAUAAUCUUAAAUUGUGCCGGGUGAGGUUUAGGUUGGACAUCGAGAAGAAUUUCUUCACAGAAGGGGUGAUUAGACAUUGGAAUGGGCUGCUCAGGGAGGUGGUGGAGUCACCGUCCCUGGAGGUGUUUAAGGAAAGAAUUGGACAUGAUAAUUAGUGCCGUGGACUAGUUGAAAGGGUGGUGUUUAGUCACAGAUUGGACUCGAUGUUCUCAGAGGUCUUUCUCAACCUGUUUGAUUCUGUGAUACGAGAUGGCAAGAUGAUCAGUGUUCCUUAAUGUAGCUAUAAAUACCUACUGGCAGGUUUUUAUCAAUGAGGAUAAAAUGUAUUGUAGCAUAAAUUCUCAUGGAGCCAUGCCUUGUUUCCAUGAUCUGACCAUUAUAACUACAUAUGCAGCUGCUUCAAUUUUCUUAAUACUGAACUUUUCUCUUCAGUUCUCUGCUUUCUUCCUUGCAAGUAACAAUAUGGGAGGAAAUCAAGGCUUACUUGGUUGAAAACUUGGAUGUUACUGUUUCUUUAUCAGGCUGUUUUCUUAUUAGCACCAGAUAGACACAGACAUCUCUGCUUUAUACCCACUGGAGCUCACAAACUGGAAAUUCAGACUUAUUUAAAGCAAUAGCUUAAUGUAUUGCAUAUAAAAUGAAUGAGUGGGAUGAUGAAUCCUUGUAUACUCAGUAACAGGACAGAUUAGGGCUCUUGAAUGCUUUUUCUGCUCUGUUAGCACUAUCCUAUUCCAGGACUACACUUCCCAGUAUGCUCUUCACUGCACACAGCACAUGCUUAAGGCCCAAGUCUGUUGCCCAAGUCAGCAUGGUACGUGUGAGGUGUGAUGCCCUUGUGCCAAAGCAGAGCUGUGGUUUGAAGAUGCAAAGAAGUCCCAGCUUAAGUACUUAAGUACCCCUGACCCUGUGUGUUCCCCCUGCCCCAGAACAUCCACUCUUGUUUCAAGCCAGGCUCAGAUUUGUCUGGUGACUCCCCUGAUUCAGUGACCGAAUUAUUCGGGUCACUUUGCUCUGCAUUUGUUUUGUUGGCACAGAGGGAAGAUGCAUGGAUGAGCGCAUAAGCAGUUGUGGGGGCAGAAACACUACUUUUGGAGUUACACUGGUUUGGAGUCUUCAUUGGACUGUUUGACCCAGCAUGGUGGGGCUGCCCCAAACUGAACCUGUGACUUGGAACUGAAUUUAUUCAUCCACUUCUCCAAGCCUUUUGAAAAGUGACUAAAUGCAACUGAGUCAGAUUGUCUGUGGGUAUGAAGUGGCUGGGAGAAUCCAAGAACAUGGUAGUGAAUGGCCGGAGAAGUGGAAGCAAGUCAUCUAAUGACCACGCACAGACCAAAUUGCAGCAUGCAGGAAAGGAGAAUCCAAAGACGGGCAAAAAUGGAGUUGAGAGAAGAUCAAGCAGAUGUAGUGGUGCUUCAGGAUUUGAGGGACAAAGUCGUUAUGUGCCUUCCUCUGGAAUGUCUGCCAAGGAACUCUGUGAAAAUGAUGACCUAGCAACUAGUUUGGUUCUUGAUCCCUAUUUAGGUUUUCAGACACACAAAAUGAAUACUAGAUUUCGACCUAUUAAAGGAAGGCAAGAAGAACUCAAAGAGGUGAUUGAACGUUUUAAGAAAGAUGAGCACUUAGAAAAAGCCUUCAAGUCCUUGACGUCAGGUGACUGGGCCCGGCACUAUUUUCUUAACAAGAACAAAAUGCAGGAAAGGUUGUUCAAGGAACAUGUAUUUAUUUAUUUACGAAUGUUUGCAACUGACAGUGGGUUUGAGAUACUGCCUUGUAAUCGGUAUUCUUCUGAGCAAAAUGGAGCCAAAAUUGUUGCAACAAAAGAAUGGAAACGAAAUGAUAAAAUAGAAUUACUUGUGGGCUGUAUUGCUGAACUAUCAGAAAUGGAAGAAAACAUGCUGCUGAGACAUGGGGAAAAUGAUUUCAGUGUCAUGUAUUCCACACGAAAAAACUGUGCACAACUAUGGCUUGGUCCUGCUGCAUUUAUCAAUCAUGAUUGCAGACCUAACUGUAAGUUCGUAUCAACAGGCAGAGAUACAGCAUGUGUGAAAGCUCUAAGAGAUAUUGAACCUGGAGAAGAAAUCUCUUGUUACUACGGAGAUGGGUUUUUUGGAGAAAAUAAUGAAUACUGCGAAUGUUACACCUGUGAAAGACGUGGAACUGGUGCUUUUAAAUCAAGAGUGGGAUUGCCAGCACCUACUCCUGUGAUUAACAGUAAAUAUGGACUGAGAGAAACAGACAAACGAUUGAACAGACUUAAAAAGUUGGGUGACAGCAGCAAGAAUUCAGAUAGCCAGUCCGUCAGUUCUAACACUGAUGCAGAUACCACUCAGGAAAAAGGUAAUGCAACUAACAGAAAAUCUUCAAUUGGUGUAAAAAAGAACAGCAAAAAUAGAACAUUAACCAGACAGUCUAUAUCAAGAAUUCCAGCAUCAUCAAACUCUACCUCAUCUAAACUAACUCAUAUAAAUAAUUCCAGGGUACCAAAGAGACUGAAAAAGCCUGCAAAGCCUUUACUUUCAAAGAUAAAGUUGAGAAAUCAGUGCAAAAGGCCAGAGCAAAAGAAUGCUUCUCGAAAGCUUGAAGUGGGAAAUUUAGUUCUCAAAGAGCCUAAAGUAGUUUUGUAUAAAAACUUGCCCAUUAAAAAGGAUAAAGAAUUGGAGGGACCAGUCAAAGUUGCAGUCUCUAGCGGAUGCUUAACGAGGCAUGCAGCAAGAGAACAUAAACUGAAUUCUGUGAAAGGUGCUUAUGAGCAUGGUGGUAUUGCACCCUGCACAUACAUCACGAGGAGGUCCAUGAGAACAAGGAUGAGUUUGAAGGAGACCUCUGACACAAAGCUUGAACCAAAUACAUUGGAUAGCUAUCAGAGUAACUUGACUGGAACACAAUCGGACAUUGCAGAGCAGCAGUCUCGUGCACUAAACAACAGCAAUGUGGCUCAUGGACCAUCACAUAAAGGAGAGGGUCGGUGCCAGAAAAGUGAUGCAGGCACAUCAAAAAAGAAAUCUCGACAAGGAAAGCUUGUGAAACCAUCUUCAAAGACAGAGGAAAAUGAUACUAUGCACAACACGCCUGUGAAGGAUGAAGUACCAGAUCUGAUUAGUUCUCAUUCAGAACUUGAAGAGAGGAAUAAUGUGGUGGACACACCUGUUGGCUUUAAAGACUGUGUCCCUGGAUCUGGUGGCUGCUCUGUAACAACUGACAAUUUUAAAGCAAAAGACAGCUUUAGAACUGCAAAAAGUAAAAAGAAAAGACGAAUCACGAGGUAUGAUGCACAACUUAUCCUUGAAAAUAGCUCUGGGAUCCCUAAACUGACUCUUCGUAGGCGCCAUGAUAGCAGUAGCAAGGCAAAUGAUCAAGAGAGCGAUGGAAUGAAUUCUUCAAAAAUAAGCAUAAAAUUAAGUAAAGACCAUGAAAAAGAUAAUAAUUUAUAUGUAGCAAAGCUAAAUAAUGGGUUUAACUCAGGAUCAGGCAAUAGUUCAACAAAACUAAAAAUACAGCUAAAACGAGAGGACGAAAACAGAGGUGCAUAUCCGGAGGACCUUCAUGAAAAUGGUGUGUGUUGUAGUGAAACUCUCUCCCUUUUGGAGUCAAGAAUGGAAGUAGAUGAUUAUGGUCACUAUGAAGAGGAAACAGCAGAUGAAUCUUCAUCAGAAGAGGAUGAUGAAGAGGAAGAUGACUAUGAUGAUGAAUUUGAUGACUUUAUUCCUCUUCCUCCAGCGAAGAGAUUAAGGCUUAUUGUUGGCAAGGAUUCAAUAGAUAUUGAUAUUUCUUCCAGGAGGAGAGAAGAUCAGUCUUUAAGGCUCAAUGCAUAAGCUUAUAGGUCUUAAACUGACCUGUAUGUUGUUUCUAAAAAAAAAAAAAAUAAUUAAAAAAAAAUAAUAGAAAACCCAACAAAAAUUCCAUUUGAUUAUUCCUCAACUAAAGAACUUUCUGAAAAACUUAGUGGCAGCACUUCUUUAUUCACUUAUCAGCGUAAUAUUGUAGAAAGUGUACAGCAUACUGACUCUUCUUAAGUCUGAUUUGUGCAGAUUUUUAUUGUACUUUUUAAUAGCCUUCUUAUGUGCAAUUCCAAGUUAGAGGUAAUGCUCUGUUGUAAAAUAAAGGCUCAAGCAAAGUUACGAAAUUGCAUCAGAUCUUUCCAUGCAGGACAAUGAGAAUACAGUGUGGCUACAGAGUUAUUUUUGAUCAGUAGGAGCGUUAGUUUGCUCUUACCAUAUUUGACUAAACAAUUUACAAAAUCAUAGUAGCAGCAUAUUAAGGUUUUCUAGUAUAUGUUAACAUCACCAGCAAUGAUCUACAGCUUUCCAAUUUAUUUGCUAGAUGGUUUUUCCCCCUUGGAGUUUGUCAGUUUUAACACUGUAUGCUGUCCCAGACGUACUGUUUGUGGCCUUUGUUAUAGUAGCAAACCGUUGGUUGGAAGUCAAAUUUAUUUCUUUAAAAAAAGAGAAAAAAAUAUGAAAAGGUGUUGACAAUUUGCUGACUUUUUAGUACAUUAUAUGUACAAGGGUAGCAGUAUGCAGAAUAAAGUUUGGAUAUGGUGUAUUUAUUGCUUGUUACGUAAAUUAAACACCUUGUAUUUAACACUUUUCAAUACUUUUAGAUAAAAUUGUUCUUUGCAAGAAUGAUUGGUGCUUAUUUUUUCAAGAAUUUGCUGUGAAAUAAUGUGAUUACGACGGGCAACAUUUAUCCAAUGAACUGCAGCUAUCCUAAAUUGGUUCUUCAUAUUUUUCUGUUGCACUUGUAAAAUGCUACAAGGAAUUUAAAGAAAAAUCUAUUCACUUUAACUUAUGAUAGUUUUAUCAAAUUAAAAACAACUAAGUCACAGCUUUUGUUCUGUGGUAACCUAAGAAUUGUUUGUCUUUUAAGAACCAGUUGUAAAAGAAUGAAAAAAUAUGUAUAUGUUGUAAAUAUUUGUGUGUUGUGAGAAAUUUUGUCAUAAGAAAUUGAGAUAACUUGCCAGAAAGGUUUUUAAGUUUAGAAAUACAUCCAUGCCAAUAAAAUAGGAAACUGUAAACCUAGUUUUAAACUCUGCAUCAGUUGGAGUUCUUCGCUCAUACAUAAUUCACUUAAUACUUCAGAGUCUGCUUUAUAACAAUGAAGAGCAUCAGGGCGAUCUUUGGCUCUUUGGUUUUUAAUAAAAGAAUGCUAGGAAA